AGAAGAAAUGCGGCUGCCAUCUUGAAGUGGGGAGCUGGGAGCUAGGUCCAUUGCAGCAACAGGUAGCGUCUACAGCAGAAACAAGAUGCCGGGCUGGUGUUCAGCGUAUUCCUGCUCAAAUCAGCGGACCGUCGACAAUAGGAAUCGGGGGAUUACUUUUCACAAGUUUCCCAAAGACAAAGAUUUGAGGAAGAAGUGGGAAGUGGCUUUGAGGAGAGAAGGAUUCACUGCAAGUGAUUAUUCAGUUGUCUGCAGUCAACAUUUUAAGCAAGCUGAGUUUGACCGGACGGGUCAGAUUGUCAGACUACGUGAUGGUGUUAUUCCAUCCCUCUUCAAUUUCCCGGUUCACCUCCAAAAAUUGGUAAAGGGCAGGGCUACGUCUACCUCCAGAAGAGCUGAAGAAAGCCUGUCUGUGGCCUCUAAGGAUUCCCCAGAAAUGACGUCCUCCCAACCUCAGCCUAAUGAUGACCAUGGCUAUGCCUUGCCUGCUACUCCUGCCGCUGUUAAGGCCAAAGUCAAUAAACAUUUGGCAAGAGUGGAAAGUCUGGAGCGAGAAAAGAAGAAUGCCAUGUCCAGAGAAAAGAGGGCAAAGACCACAGUGAAGGGUCUUUUGGAGGAUUUGAGGGAAAAGAACCUCAUUAAUGAGGAGCUCAGUGAGAAGCUUGCAUCCUACUCAAAUCUUAAGAUGGACUUCGUGGCAAAGCAGGGCCAUGAGUACGCACAGGACUGCAGCUGUGCAGCCCUGUGCUGUGUGCCGUUGGAGCUUGGUCAGAGAUGCCGUGCCAUCUUCAUUUGACAAGAACUUCCACCUUCUGACCCUGAAAAACAACAGCGGCCUAGUGAUUCCAUCACUAGGCACAGUGAAGGUGCUGAGAGCUGCAGAGAGGGUGAUCCGCCAAGCUUCAACAAUGCAAGCUCAAGCCCAAGGUGUUGACAGUCCUACACAUCGUCCGAGGGGAGAUUGGAACAGAGAAUGUAUUUCUGCUUGGGGAAAACAUUGAGUAGACAGUUUGGAAUUGACAACCACCAUUUGGACUUGUUAUCAUUGGUUGUGUCUGUUUCAUAAGCUAAGGCUGCACCACAUUGCCAAACUCGCCUCUUUUAAACUUCAGAAAGGAAGCACAAGAAAGAAGCUAUGCAAAACAGUCCUCUUUCAGGGGUUUUAACCCUAACCCUGGCUGCUUUUUUUUUUUGUCAAAAUAAUGUUCUUAUUUUGAAGUUGCUCCUAACUGCUUUAGUUUUGUUUCUGUUGGAAUUAUCUUGUAUUCAGUGUGUUUCAGGUCCUACAUGUUUUUAAAUGGUAUGACACCAAGUACAUGUAGGAAUCAAAAUGGUAGGUAUUUUAGUGUUGUGCAUGUUACAAUUUUGCAUGUGUUCCAUUGUUCCAAGUUAUUGUUCAAUUGUCUACAAGAAUGGGUCAUUAGUGUUUCCCCUAUAUGCAUUUGCGCAGAAAAAAAUUGUUUCUGCCAAGUUCAAGGCACAUUUGCACAAUGAUCUGGUCUCAGCAGAUACCUUGACUCUGUCCGAUGACUCUGUACAUUUUACCAAUGCUCCAAAGAAAUCUAGGGGAAACGCAACAUUACCGAUGGUUGUGAUGGAAAAUUCAAUUACUGCUUUGAAUGAACAAAAUCGCAUGGUGCUUUUGUGCUUUGGUUUUCGCAAUGAUCAGAGUAUGAUCCUUGAUAUUUUACAUUCACAUUGCCUUGCAUAAACUACAUUGGUCAGUCUGCAUUUACCCUGGCUGCUUUUUGUUGUGUUUUGAAUUUCACUCGUUCUGGUAUGAUCAUUUUCCUGUAUUAAUUCCCACCUGCAAACUCCAGUCCAAUCCAUCCACAAAUAAACAUUCCACCAGCAGAUUUGUAUAAUU